CCCCUGCACCGUUGGCGCCGAUCCACACCAGCCUCGCUCUCUCUCUCUCUCUCUCACUCGACUUACACGGUUGACUCCAUGCGUACUGAGAGGUGCUGCUACUACCCGUCGGCGGCUCGCGACGGCACCUCGUCCGCUCAUCCAGCAACCAUGGCGCCCGCCGGACGCAUACUGUACUGUGCGUAGGUUCCUCGCACGCCUCGCGGACCGGACGCGCGCAUUCUGGACGUCCACCCAGCCAGAGCGCGCGCACACGCAACUCGCAAACCACACGCCUCCUGCCAGUCAGUCACUUACUUGGCUUGCCACCACCCAAUGUUUCCCGAUCCAGCCUUCGCUUCCCACUGCCGAAUGCCACCCGCCGCGUUUCACAAUACGGCGCCGCAGGCCCAUUGUCGUGGCCCUCGGCCGUGAUCCUUGACGAGUACAAGAAGGCGGCCUCAUCCCAGACCGGCUGUCGUCGUCUCUCCAUCUCCAAUCGUCCGCACUCGAUCCCCUUUGGUGCCUCUCUGCCCUCUCCUCCGCCGUCGUCUCUUGCCCUCUCCUCACAGAGACACAGGGAGUUGCUCUCGAUCCAUUUCUCUCCCGUACAUAUUCCUUUCCAUAUACACUAUACGGCUCACGUAUGUGCCAUAUUACACACAGAAACUCGUCAUAGACAGUCUGACCGCAUAAUCCUAUUCCUCCUACCGCGGCCCUGCGGCCCAGACUCAGCCCACGCCGGCAACUCGUCGUCUUCUGGAAAGACGCGCUCCCUGUUUCGGACACAAAGCCUAGUCACAUCCUGAUUUGACACUGGAGCCGGCCUCCACGAACAAACCAACAUAAUAUUCAUCAUUCCAUAAUUCCUCGACAUCUUUGGUAGCCAUGUCUGCUCUGGAAGCCGACGUCGCUUUCGAUUUCACCUUUCCCUCGCCCUCGACCCCCCCUCCGCCCUCAUAUGGCUUCACCUUGGACGGCGCCUUUACCUUUGACCCAGCCUUUCUCGAGAUCCCUUAUGGCUAUCACGACCAACGCCAUGCUCGGUCCUCAUCCAAGGCAUCGUCCAUCUACUCGACCAUAUCAACCGUCGAUUCCACCCCUGACUCUGUUUGCACACGCUUGACAACCCCUCCGCGAGCCAGCCCGCCUGUCGUUCGUCAUGGUCCCCUCUUGCUCCCCAAGAUCAGGCCGCAAGAUCAAAAUCUUGACAGUGCGCAGCUUCCCGUUGCCAACGUCAACGCUCGCCGUGCCAAGAAAGCCCAGACAACCCCUCCGCCUCGCCCUAAGGCUGCCGCUACUAGAUCAGUUCGCUCUAGCCAUGCUCGGAGCUACACGAACCCAGAGACACUCAGCAGCAUGGCCUUUGCGCACAUGUCCUCCUUCGCUGGGGCUUCGCUGCAAGGAGGCAACCCGGCGCCUCUGUUGUGCUCACCCGCCGCUUUUGCGCACGAGGGCGUGCUGUCAUCGGAACCGGACCAGAUGACACCAGGAGUGUCCUCUGAACUGCCAUCUCGCCGUGCUUCAACGUCGUUCAGCGUCGAUGCGGCCGUCAUUGACCGGUACGGGUACCCCACGUAUCGCCGAAUGCCAUUCUCGUCGGUGCCACCGCCCAGCAGCAUGACCAGCCAGGCGGAUUGCUCUUUCUCCUCAUAUGCUCCUAGGGCACCGUCCCCUCUGGCUCUUGCUGCCUCUUUUGAUGAGACUUCCACCCCUUCAACGCCUUCUACAACGCUCAUCAACUUCCUCACUGCUCCUAACCCCGCUGCUUCCCUCGUCCGCAACAUUUCCUUCCCACUCCGCGACCCCAGCAUUAGACAUUUCUGGUGGGAUGUCCGAAAUGUUCGAUCUUGGAACUCCUUCAACGCCUCUGCGAUUCUCUCUCUGCCUGGCGCUCGGGCUUUGUUGACCACGCCGGUGCCUGCCCCGGUCCUGCCUCAGCCGACCAUGUCGACCAGACACCCUGACACUGAGGCGGCCUUGCAUGGAAUUUAUGCUUCAUUCUAUCUUCCAAAGAUGAACGCGGCUCUUUCCAUGUCCUCCAACCGAGCCCUGCAAAUUUCCGUGCCUGCGAAGGCGGCGAACGACCUUGUCUUCGUCAUCAACGCUGCCGGUGAGUCCGCCACGGCAGCGACAAUGUUUGGAGGAAAGCCUUCCGCACGCGUUGUCGGUCUGGUCCGAAGCUUCGACCGUUUCAAUACUGGCAUGCGCGUCGAAGGCAACAUCAAGCGUGUCGAAUACCUUCGCGGCCUGUCUGCAAUUCAUUAUGCCAUGCGCGAGCAUGGCUGCCGAUAUGGCUUCAUCCUCACCGAAAUUGAACUUGUCCUCGUCCGUGCCGGAACGGAGUCAACUCCGUUCUUCGGUGACCUGGAGAUCACUUCGGUGCAACUGGCUACAUCGACUCCCCAAGACGAGUCGGAAAGCACACCGGCCACAGGUUCGCCCCAAGCCUUGACAGCCUGCCUCGCGCUUUGGGGUCUGUGCCAGCUUGCUGGCGAUAGGGCACCUGCGGGCCACCCUCACUGGAAGGCCGAGAUCGGGGCGCCUGCUGAGGGUACGCGUCGCAAGGCGAAGCCUCGAGACAGUUGGAUGCCGCAGCCCCAGCUGGCGGAGAAGCGAGAGGCCAAGCGCAGCCGUGGAUGGAUUUGGCCCGAGGACGCCAUUGGCAGGAAGGAAAUGGGAAAGCGAGGCGUCAAGUACGGCAACUUUUGAAAGCAAACGUUUCGUGUCAGGUAAAGCAAAGCCCGACGUGGCAGUGGAAGGGACAAGCUUGAGCCGGUCCAAUUUUCCUUUGUCCUGCCCUUCCGUCGACUAUGGUGCGGCCACGACUGAUGAGACACGAUGACAAUGACGGCGCGAUGAGGUAGUAGUUUAAACUUGCUUGGGCCUGCCCUUGAAGUCGAACGGGACUAUGGGUGAGGCGAGUACCUUGAGACAUUUAUGUAGUCGAUAGUUAUGCAUGCAAGGAGAAAUAAUCGACACUAUACAAUGUUCAACGCGG